UAUUUUCAGCUGGUAGUAGUUUUUGUUGUUCAUUUUUAUCAUUAAUUUUAUACACACCUUGUGUUUCUUUUUUUCCCCUUUAAUUUGUUUGUAUCAGACGAAUAAAUUAUAUUCUAUAAAUAUGAUUUAAUUUAUGUGUUCUCUCUCGUUCUUCAUGCGAAUUUUCGUUAGGUUCUAAUUUUUCUGUUGAGGCUUAAAUUAUUUUAUUAUUAACCGACAAGACAUGCAGAACACAGGUGGUUGAAAAUCAUUACCAUGAUAUUGCAGAAAUUAUAUGAAAACCUAUUUGUUAAUUUUUCUUAUCGAGUAAAUAUAGAAAAAUUAAAUGAUGUUAGACUGAGCUGUGAUAAUUAUAAUGACCAGUGAUAAUUUUAACGCUAAACAUGGACUUGUAGAAUUCAAGUCUUUGUUUAAACCGCAAGAUCUGAAGAGGAUGUGCCCAGAAAGGAAAAAAGAGAAAGUCGAAGAUGAAUGUGUUCACACUUUGUCGAGCCAAAUCAUAUCUCUGAUUUCUUCUUUCAAAAAUCCUGGCAUAAACUCAAAUUCAAAAUUGGAACCGGCCGCUCAUGAAUUUAAAGUUGCAAAGAUGAAAAACAACCUGUUGGCUAAUAACAAUGAUACGUCAAAAGAGAGUUAUUUAAAUGAAAACACUGCAAAGUUUCUUGAAUUGAUCAAAGAGAACAAUGAUCUUAAAGCGGAAAAUAAAAAACUGAAAUUAGAAUUGAACGAAUGGGCAUCUUGGUAUGAAGACUUAAAAAAGACUUUGUCCUCUUUUCCAUCCGUAGAGGAAUUUAACAAUAAAAUAAGGACGGACAAUAAAUUGACUAAAAUGCUGAUUGAGUCGCAGAAGAAAUUGAGAGCGGCGCACAUGGUGAUUUCUUCUUUGAAUCAGACUAAAAAUGAUCUAGAAACAAAACUAAAUAAGGCCUCGGGGGAAACUGUAAAAUGCACCUGCAUGACGCAAAGCAAAUAUUUUAAUAACAACGCUACUCUUUCUUCUUCGAGUCAAUAUACUUUGACUUGUCACCAUUCUAGGGAUUCAGAGAAGGAAUUUAUUAAAAGCAGCUGCGAACAGAGUGAAUCUACGUCAGAGGAAUUGCUUAUAGAACAAGAAUCAUCUAUAAAUAUAUCUUCGAACAAUUUGGAGUCUAGCAAUUGUCAAUGCCAGAGUGACAGCAGUGUUUCUUGGUUGGAGGUAUCUGACAAAAGCAAAAAUUCUACGGAGCAGCUGUCACGUCAACACAGGCCAUGCGAUACGAGUACAUCAUCUACUAGAUUCACCCAAGAUGAUACAUUUUUAAAAACCGAUGCACCAGCAGUGAAGGCCGAGGUGAUGAAAAUAAUGAAGGAACGAGGGAUAACCAAGAAAAAGUAUUUGCAAGAAUUAACACAGGGGAAAAACAGAAUGUUUGAGAAAAUUAAAACCAUAGAAUUAACACAAGAACGACUAGAGAAUGAACUCAAUGGGUAUAAAAUGGAGUUCUGUGAUAUACAAGAUGAAAUUGCGACGUUGAGAUCUGAAGAUCAUAUAAAACACGACAAACAAAUUACAUCGCUUAUUACAAAUCAAAAGAAGCUUACCAACAUGAUUUAUGAAAAUGAGAAGCAAAUUGAACUGAUUUCUUCGAAAAGGAAAAACUGUCUGAAGUCCUACUUUUGCAUGAAUCAAUUUAUCGAAUUCCUCCAGGGGAUGAAAUGUUAAAUUUUGAAUUAGACAAAAAUAUGUAGAAUAAAGAAUAUAAACUUGAA